AUGCUGAUGAGGGAUGCCGGUGAUUCAUGCCAAGCGGCUGCUCUGAAUACAUCUAGUGAGAAGUACAACAUUCAGGUUAUUGAUACUGAGGCACACAUUCGCUAUAAGGUGGUGUGUACAUAUCUUGCAGAAGAGCGACAAUUUUAUGUAAAAAAGGUGAAGAAGCUGCCUCUGCGAUACGCAGUCAUUGACAUAGCGCGGCCUGAGAAGGACGUGGAUGCUCGCUUGAUUCUGUUCACAGAAACGCAUUUGAAUACACUGGAUGAUGAACUAGAUGCUGCAAUAAAGAGGAUUUUGGAGUUUUCACAGAUCGACUCUUGGACACCAGGAGGGCUACACAUUCCAGCUCACAUGACAGAAGGCUAUGAGUGUUCAGCUCCUGGUUAUGGUAGCUGCGGCUGUGAUGGCAUGGGUAGGGCGUUUGGAGAGAGCAGCGGGCAGAGCGACAGAAGCAGAAGGUUCCAAGUGUGUGCGGUUCGGCAUGUUACUGUACGGAAGGCGUUGGUGGGAGGGAGAGUGUGGAAGUUUGCACGAGUGGAUGGGAUUGAGUACAAGCAGGGAGGUGGGCGGCGGACCAAUGAGAUUGAGUUUUGCCCGGUUGCAUGGCAGCAGGAGCUGAAGUGUGGCAUGGGAGGGCCUGGCAGCAGCAAGGAGCAGCAGCCCCCCUCGUGGAGCACUGGAGACAUCAUGGCAGAGUGCCCUAGCAUGAGGGAAUGGGGGGACGAGAAAGCGGCGAUCGGGGAUGAAGAGGGGGACGACGAGGACCAACCGCGGUGCCGCAUCUGCCUCGAGAGAGCGACGGUGCGUGACGACCUCAUCGCUCCUUGCAAAUGCAAGGGCUCUGCGCAAUUCGUGCACCGUUCUUGUCUGGACCAAUGGCGGGUCACCAAGGAGGGAUUUGCUUUCUGCCAUUGCUCCACGUGCAAGACGCGCUUCCACCUGCGCGUGUGCCCGCCGCCCGACCCGCGAUGCCGCCACCUCAAAUUCAGAUUCUUUGUCGCGAGGGAUAUCGUGUUCGUAACACUGCUGGUGCAGAUGCUGAUUAUCUGCUUUGGCUGCAUUGCAUACGUGGUGGAUAACUAUUUCGACAUGGGCUUGCAGAAAUCAUGGGGCGUGGAAAGUGCAGCAACGUUCUACUACAUUUGUGGCCUGCUGCUCUUCCUUGUGUCUGCCGGCCUCCUCGGUGCCAUCAUGACAUGUGUUGACCGCCGAAUUCGCAACGAUCUGGCUGCUCCCUGCAGGGACCUGGAAGCCUGCUGCUGCGACCCGCGUGUAGGUUGCUGUAGAUAUUGCUACAUUUGUCCCGGAGGUACCGGCCCGGACUGCUCCUGCUGCCUCCACCCCUGCACUGGCUGUGGUCACUGCUGUGCGGGCACGUGCACUGCGGAGGGAUGGCUUUCCUUCAUGGUGCUCCUAUCGGUCGUGCUGGCUUUUGUGGGGGUGUUUUACUGCUUCCUGGUCUCGAUCCUGGUGGGGCAGCGGAUUUGGCAGCGGCAUUAUCACAUCCUCGCUAAAAGGAUCCUCACUAAGGAAUUUAUCGUGGAGGAUUUGGCUGGAAUGUCCCUCCCUCCUGAUUGGUCGCCACCGCCGCUGCUGCCGGAACACGAGAGGCAGCUCAGGGAUCUGCGGCUUCUGUGA